AUGCCAGUCAUCGAGGCUGAUCCACAUGCAUGCCAGAAUCCUCCCAAAGAAAUUGCCCUUCAACACGACCCCAAUGGAUUUCACGCGGCUGCGGCACGCACCUUUUCGAGAAGCUUAGCUUUGUACUUUUCACGGCCAGUGAGACUAUUCAGACCAGCCAAAGUUUCUGGCUGGCACACGCUGAGAAACCUCGCACAAGGUCAUGGAGCGUCUUUGACUCCAAGCUAUCUUUACUCACUGAUGAAAUUGCAAGGGCCGAGCGUUGUGCUUAAGCAUUUCUUGCCUCCAGUAGCUGUGAACGCUCUAAUUGGCACAGUCCUGUGGACGAGCUAUGGCCACGUAUACUCCUAUCUGGAACCAUCAUGUGGGAAUCAUACCGCUCUGGCAGCGGCUAUAUCCGGAGGAGUUGCAGGGGGAUGUCAAGCCCUCGUUGCUGCCCCUGCUGAGAAUGUGCGACUCUUUCUUGAGGGCGGCUCUGGCGGACAUUCGUGGUCGCAUGCAUGGAAAGAGGUUUUCAGGAAUCAGAUUAUUCCUCAAAACCACCAACGCGAGGAAAUUCGGCAAAUAAGGUCUUGGAUGAGAGACGUGGGUGAGAUGGCUGGUCGUGGGUGGGAUGGAUGGCGAUGGGGGUGCUGCAAAGAUAUAUGUGGUUUUGCGGCGUUCUUCUCAAUCUUUGAGAUCACUCGACAAGCAAGCGCCAUGGCCAGAGCGUCAACAUUCACAGAAACAUUGCUAGCGAGGAGCGAGCAAACAAGGAAGCGAUCAAAGAGGAUAUUGAACGGUGUUAUACUCGUGACAGGAGGAGUCUUUGCUGGGCUAAUCUAUGAAUGCGUUUGCCGGCCUUGGGACAGGGCACGACAUAUUGUCCAUCUUGCAAAAAUUGAAGACCCUCAGCGUGGCUGGCUGGAUCUGGCAAAACAUUUGGGACAAAGCGUGAAGCAAGAUGGCAUCCGGGUAUUUAUUGAUAAACCUUCGCAUGAAGAUAUUCAUCCAUCGACAUCCAAACCUCGAUUUUACAAGAUCUUGCGCACUCUUGGAAGAGUUGGACCCUGGGGCAUUGGAUUCCUGGUUUGGGAGACGUAUGGACCUGGAUUAUCAUGA